ACCGCCCGCCAGUCGGUUCGAAUAAUCGCCUCGUGGCAGGUGCAGAGAAAAAUCGGCGAGGCUGAGCCUGCCAGUUGUCCAAUCGCCUAGUCAACCAGCCGCCGUAUGAGAUACGGAUCUCGAACCGUGGGACCGCGCCUCGAUCGUCAAUUUUCCACACAGAAAAUUUUGUUACCGAUUGCGGUGCGACACGGUGCGUAAACUUUCUCGUAGCCGUCCGCAUAGCGCGUUACUUCACUUUCCUCGUCUUUAGUCGUUAGUCGGUCUCGAUUUUUCGUUUCGUUUGAUUUUUUUCGUCGUUUCAUUUCGUUUAGUGCGCCAACGCCGCUGCUAGGGGUGAGAUAUGUCUUCAUUGAAGAGUGAUAAGAUUCCGUGUGCACGGCUCUGCCAUAUCGUCAAGUGGGACGAUUUUGACGGCUACGGGUUCAACUUGCACGCGGAAAAGGGGAAGAAUGGUCAAUUUAUUGGCAAGGUGGAUGACGGUUCUCCCAGUCAGGCUGCUGGUUUACGGCAAGGUGAUCGAAUCAUCGAGGUUAAUGAGAUCAACAUUGCGAACGAGACCCACAAGCAGGUUGUUGAACGCAUAAAAGCCUUCCCCAGCGAGACGAAGCUUCUGGUGGUCGAUCAGGAGGCCGACGAAUAUUUCAGGGCCAACAACAUCGUUAUCAAGGGCACCAUGGCGAACGUCAAGGUGAUCAAGACCCCGGAGAAAAAUCCGAAUAGUAUUGUACAAGAAGAGCUCAAUGGCAGCAAUGCUUCUACAGACGAGAACGCGCAGAAAUCAAGCGGUUCGAACGAGACCUCGCACAGCGAGAGCAGCACGAGGACUUCAAACAGGAGCGAGAACGGGAACGAGAACGAGAGCGAACGCGAACGCGAAGGGGCUGGUCGUGAAAACGGGAACAGCAUUAGGAACGAAACGACGAUGGCGCACGUGCACGGCACCGGGAACGGGAACGUCACCAACGAGCCACGGCAGGGUUUGAACCUGAAGAUGAGCGCCAAAGAACUUCGAGCUCAGCUAGCCGCGCGCAAGAAAUACGACCCGAAGAAGGAGUCGAUUGGUUUCAAAGACAAGUUCGACAUCGUGCAGAAGUUAUAACCGUCCUUUGCUCUCGUCCUCCUCUAGUUGGAUAGUCUUGUCGGCUACGCUGCGCGAUGCUCCUUAUCUCGCUAUUAGUAGUUCGAAUCUUUGCAUCCUCGACGAUGUACAUAUACACUUAUCUGGAUGGACGUAAAACAUUGUCAAUGUUCACAAGCGCACGCGCGUGCACGUGCCUCGUAUAGUGGCUCGCGAAGGUAUUUGACUACUUGUAGAAACGUACUACGAAUAUAUAUUACGCAUACGUGUUGUACGAAUUAUGUUUCGAAAUUUUACUAAUAACGUAUAAUAUCCAUGAAAAUUAUCCAUAGCGAAAGUAUUCGAAUGCUUUCGCGAGCUGCUGAAUAGAAACAACAGGAAUAACGCGAAAUUCUCGAAAUUCUAAAUGCACGUACGCAGCGUGAAUUAUAUGCGUGCACGCACGCUGGCGUCCGGUUGAAGUCGGAUCGUUUGGUAAAAUGUCCAGGCGGCAAACGCACGAGAACGUUUCUAAAUUAUUCGAAAGUCUGAACGUUAGAACGCAUUCCGAAUCGAUCGAUCGUGAAAAUAGUUUCUUGUUCCAUUAGAUAUACAGUUGUCCCGCUAGCUACAGCGAGGAUUGCGCGCACCAAGGACGAUCACGACGACACACGAGAGAAAGUGUAAGACAUUGCGUGACGUACAACGCGUAACGCGCGCGCGACGUCCGUAAUUUUUAUUAAAAUUAAAUUAAAUUUUUAUUAAUAUUAAAAUUAAACGUAUCGCUCGAUCCCUCGGUUGUGUUGUACAUUGUGUUCUCGAUGCGAGAACGAAUAUUUGACGCGGAAAGAAAGAUCCACGUAAAAGCAACCGAUAUUUGACACUAGCGAAGACUACGCCGACAUUCAAGCGGAUUAUGUAAUCGAAGAAAUGUAACGGUGUGCAAAAAUACGGCGACACAAUAGUGGGAAGGCUCGAGCAGAUUUCCACGAUCGUUGGAAGUCUCGCGGGAGAUCAGUCGAGAGAGUCGCAGGAUUCGCAGGAAACUCGGGUACUCUCUAACCCGACAUUGCUAAACAUUACGACAACUCGUUGUGCAACUUUCAAUUAUCGUCGUCGUGAUCCUUUUGCGUCGUGCCUUGUACCUUAUACGAAUACCUGCAACCUAGUUGUUUUGUUCUCUUUUUUUUUUUUUUUCUCUCUUUUUCGUUUUCUUAUUUUUACGAGCGUUUUUUCCUUCCACGCAACAUGUCACAAGCCUACGCUACGUUGAUUCCGUCUUACAAUCAUUUCUUUAGCCACGAUAAGUAUCGAUUGAUAAAAUACGCGGGAACGUGAAACGAAGCGUUUAUUAUUAUUAUUUUGAUGAAACGUUGCAACGAAAAGAAAUGAUUUAUUGUUGAUUUUUUUCUUUUUCUGUUUUUUUUUUAUUGUAUUUUCGGACGCGCAAAUUCGAGACUCAAUGAUUAUUUUUAUUGAAACAUUUUAGUCAACCAAUGAAUGUUAAUGUAUUGCAUUUAAUACCUGAUCGAUAGUUUGAUCAAACGUCACGUUUCAUGCGAAUGAUGUGAUAUGAAUAUUGAUAACAGGAUUUCUAUAUGACGCCAUUUUACGAUUAAAGUGCGUUAAGUUUCUUAGAAACAACAACGUUUUCGUACAACAACAAAUGUGUCUAUUUCUAUUCCAACAUAGAUUUAAUAAGAAUAUGUUUAAUAAGAAUAUGAAUUGUAACGUGGACUCUUAUCCACUUAAAACUCUUAUCCGAUAAAGAUGGUUGUUUGAUUUUAUUUAUAACUUGUAUCUCGUUGAAGCUAUUGUUAUCUUAUUAUCAACCAUGUUACGUGUAGUAAAUAUAUAAAAAAAUAUUCUCUGUCUUGCGAUAUCUUCGAUGAUAUGAAUCAGAAUAGAUUUCGUGUAACAGAAACAUUUUAGUUGUAGAAAAAAAAAGAAAAUGGUAAUUCUAACAAUGAUUUGUUUUUGCAUGGCAUCUUGCAUAUUGAAAUUCGAAUUCUGCGAUGUCAUGUAUUUUUCGUCCAACAAAGACGAUAAUCUGUAGUCGUUAUUAAAGAUCUUAAUUUGAUCGCGAGUUGCGACCGAUGACAGCGUGCGCUCAUAUGGAAGUUGAAACAGAAACCGAUCGAUAGCGUUUCCGCUCAAGGUAAAUUCGAUCAUCGUGAUCUAUCGGUUUGUGCUCUGCACCGAAUAUGUGUUGUGUAAAUUCUUACGUAUUCUCCCCUCGUUUUGUCUCGCAAUACCUUUGCGAAAUUCGAACGCGCAAGCAUGUUCAUUUCUGUAAAUAUUAGAUCUUGGUGCGUCAAGGUCGGUGCAACGAUCGAAAGAAUGAACGAAUCAUCACCUUCAUGGCUUAUUUCGCAUAAUUAUUUAGAUCGCUGGCCGUCGAUAUACAUAUGCACCACGCCGCUCAAGGCAAUUUGCGAUAUUUCUGCUAUUGUUGUAUUGAAAACACGAAAUCAGUGAGAAAUUAAAACUGUGAGUUGUAUUUCUUGGACAUUUUGGAGCGUUAAUUUUUGCACCGAAUCCUUGAAAUGUAUAUAUACAUAUGCUCUGAAUAAGGGUUAAAUACACACGUUGUUACGAUUAUUGCACACAUUCAAUGUACUUUGUAAGCCUAACUUUAAGCAUUAUGUUUGACGACAAGACUUAAUUGUACGUUAUUCAUCAAAUUAUGUUCAUUUACGUACGUCACUGUAUAAAUAAUAUUGUACGUA